GCGCCCCAUAAUAAUAAAAAAGGGAGUAUUUAUUUUCAAAAUUUCUUCAUUCAUUCUUUCUUGCCAGGGCUUGAAAAGAACUACCCAAGACACCUGCGUGGGAGAGACUCCUUCAAAUCCUUGGAAAGAACUUUGCAAGUCUUUGGAGGUGUAGAAGCAAAAUUAAAGCAUGCUUAGAAAGACAGUCCGCAGCUUCUCUGUGAACCUCUCUAAUUCUCACUUCCUAUCUAUGACGAAAGAGAUUUUGGAUGGCCAAUAGGAUUAUCAGGAUCUAGAUCCUUCAUAAUAACUCGACUUCCCGCAAGAGAAUCCCCUCAAGCGUAACCUUGUUCAAUCCUAAAUUCCACGAACGGAGAAUCCAGAAGAAACUCGAUUUUCUUUCGUUCUAAAGAGAAUUGGAAUGACCAUGGGCUUUGUUGUUAUUUUGGAAUGAUGACAGUGGACAGUUAAAAACUCUCAUCAUGUCUGUUGAUCCUGCUGCACCAAUGGCUUACCUGGAUGAGGAUGCUUCUUCUGGUUCCGGUGAUGAUGGAAACAUGUUGGAUGGACACAAUAAGCGUCAGUCUGUGACACCUUCAAGUUCUGGUCGUCACAAGAGGAGUCGCAAGGCUACUGGUGAUGCUAUUGUGGAUGCUAUGCUUGAAAUUGCAGCUGCUUCUAAAAUGAGGGCUUCUGCAAUAAUGAAGAAUGAGGAUCGCUUUUCCAUAAGCAAAUGCAUUAAAGUCUUGGAUGAGAUGCAAGAUACUUCAACUAGCAUGGACGACUUUGACUUAGAAUUGGACGAGAUGGAAUUAGUUGCAGCUGCUGCUGGCUAUUACUAUUAUAACAGUAUAAACAGGCUGCCUUGUCGCAGUUCCUUGCCCAGUGGAAGUGGCUUUAUGACUGAAGUGCUGGAUGGGCAUGAUGAUUUAUGUCGGGAAAUGUUUCGGAUGGAUAAACAUGUCUUUCACAAGUUAUGUAACACUCUUCGACAGAGAGGCAUGUUACGUGAUACUGCUGGUGUUAUGAUAGAGGAACAGCUAGCAAUUUUCUUAAACAUCAUUGGUCAUAAUGAGCGUAACAGAGUAAUCCAAGAACGGUUUCAACACUCUGGGGAAACCAUAAGCCGACAUUUCAAUAAUGUGUUGAAGGCAAUUAAGUCACUUUCACGUGAAUUCCUGCAACCACCGCCUCUUGCAACUCCUCCAGAAAUUUUCUGCAGUAGUCGGUUUUACCCAUAUUUUAAGGAUUGUAUUGGAGUCAUAGAUGGAAUGCAUGUUCCUGCACAUGUACCAGCCAAAGACCAAUCUCGAUUUCGUAAUGGGAAAGGUGUUAUAUCUCAAAAUGUUUUGGCAGCAUGCACAUUUGACUUGCAGUUUAUAUUUAUUUAUCCAGGUUGGGAAGGCUCUGCUCCAGAUUCACGUGUAUUGAGAGCAGUCCUUGAUGAUCCAGAUCAGAAUUUCCCACAUGUACCUGAAGGAAAAUAUUAUCUAGUUGACACAGGGUACUCAAAUAUGGAAGGUUUUAUUGCUCCAUAUCUAGGAGUUCGUUAUCACCUUCAUGAAUUUAGAGGUGCUAAUCAGUUACCUAGAAAUGCAAGGGAACUAUUCAAUCACCGACAUUCAUCUCUUAGGAAUGUCAUCCAGAGGUCUUUUAGUGUGCUGAAAGAUCGAUUUCCCAUUCUCAAAGUUGCCCCUCAGUAUGGAUUUCAUAUCCAAAGGGAUAUAGUAAUUGCUGCAUGUGUUUUACAUAAUUACAUCCGAUGUGAGGAAAGAAAUGAUUGGCUGUUUGCUAGUAUUGAUGGGGUAGCAGUGGAAGAAUUGCCUGAUUUUCACGAUCAACCUGAAAUGCAGUUGGCUUCCUCCAUUCAGGAGCAAAUUGCUUUCUCAUUGCGUGAGUCAAUUGCAGCAGCUAUGUGGAAUGACUUCAUAAACAAAUGGGAUCAGUGGUGAUUGGUAACAUUAAUCUUCAAAGGUUAUAAACGUAUUCCGGUUAUUAUUGUUGCAGGAGAAUUUGAUUAAAUGGGACUGUAGGAUUGAUUUAGAGUUUUUGAAGCAACUAUUAUUGUUUGACUUGUUUAAUGAAGCAGUCGUCAACUUCUAUAUUACUUCCCAUUAGGCUGGUGCAUGUUCUGGAGUCAAUCCACAACGUAUCAUGAUAUGUUGAUAGCCUAGUUGCUUUAGUAAUGAUGUACGCAUUAAUGAUUCAAGAGUAUCAAGGCAUGAUUUCUUGUGGCUUAA